AUGCAGGUCGACGAUCGCUGUGCCGUAUACCAACUCAUCGAUGUUGCGACUCUUUGGAACCAGUCGUUCGAUCUCAUCAAAUCGAAUGCUUCUGAUUUGAUCCUCAGUCAAAAACGUCCUCGAGGUCGCCCAAAGGGCUCGAAAGACGCACAUCCUAGGAAGCAAAAGCAGGGCUACACAGAUAUGAGCAAAAGGAAAUUCUGUACUGUGCCAGCUGGUCACAACCAAUGUGGCGACACAAGCAGCCCGUCGUCAUCCGACGACCAAUUGGCCGACGAGGCGCCGCAAAAGAUCAAAGUUUACAUCCCCAAUCGCUGUCGCCAACGCACAGAAAAGCACAAGAAGCUGGUGGCAGAGAUUGCAGUUAUGUGCCAGCAGCUUUCGAGGUACAGGCCUGGCGGUCUUGUGCAGCAGAGCAGAGAAGAUGUAUUGGAUACCGUCAUGAAAGAUCUGCUAGGAGAAGGGUGCCAUUCGUGCGAGGCCUGCGGGAAUUGCCGUCCGUGCCCCUGCACGUCGGAUCGCUUCUAUUCAAAGCAGAAAAGAGGUAGGGAGGAGGAACAAGAGGUUCCUACGACUACCUGCUCGACGUACUCAGAAGCCAUUAUCAUGAACCGAAGCUAG